AGCUGUCCGCGAAGAAGCCUUCGCUUGAAACAAAGAGUGUAACCGAGAGUCCCCUUUUCAGUUGUAGUCCAUCACUCUUUUCGCACCCCCCCAUGUCCCUUUCUUCGCUUGCGACUAAUUGUACUUAAUCGCGUCACGACAAUCAUCACCAUGCCAGAAGAUCCCGAAGCCUACCAGCCUGAUAACAUCUUCGCGAAGAUUUUGGACGGCGUUUUUCCGUCGUACAAAGUAUUUGAGGAUGAGACGGCUGUCGCAAUUCUAGACGCUUUCCCAGUCGCCCCCGGUCACACAUUGCUGUUGCCGAAAAAGAGAGGAUAUCGGUACCACGCUACUUAUAGAUACGCCGUUGCGCUCUUGCAAUAUGAUUCAAUUUUACUCCACGGUUCAUCUCUCACAAGAGAAAUGAUAUGACGUCGUGCUUUUUUACUUUUAAGUACUACGCUGAUACGUCGAUGCUGGUGCUGCUUCGCUUGUCUCUUUUCCGAGUCUCACGCAAAUCUGAAAUCAUCGAGGUCUGUCAUGGAUAUGCCCGAGACGGACGCCGGGGAGUUUCUGAAGCUCGUGCCGAAGAUUGCUGCUGCCGUGAAGGCUGGUACCGGUGCGGACGCAGUCAAUGUAUUGACAAAUUUGGGUGCGGCUUCUGGGCAGGUGGUUUUCCAUCCCCACGUGCACUUCAUUCCGCGCUACAAGGACGAUGGGCUCUGGAAACCACCAGCAUCCGCGAAAGACAAAAUUGCCGAUGAGGACGCGAAUGCCAUGUUGGAAAAAAUCAAAGCAAAGUUGUAA